UUCACCUGGAAACGGUGCCGACCUCGACAACCUACCUUCAUGGCGUCGUCGUUCAACUUCUACUCGCUCGUGUCGGCCGUCAAGGAUUCGUCCUCGAAGGCAUUGUCCACGCUCAGUUCGGACUUGAAAGAAUUCACGGCAACUGUCCAAGGGGACGUCGUGGACGCCGCUAAGGAAGUCAAGAAGAAAGUCGAAGCUACGUUAGCGGAGCGAUCGGAACAAGCAGCAAGCAAGGACGAAGCGGACGGUGAUAAUGGAAACAGUACCGACCAACUCGCGGCGACGUCCUCUGCAUCGGCGUCAGUGGCCGCGUCCAUCUUUGCGUUUGGAUCUCGUCUGGAAUCUGUUGGGGCGACGCUGCUUCUUAGUGCCGACGAGUUCCUCGGCGGGUGGACUGGUGACUUGCCGCCCCGCGUGACUCCCCCAGAGGAACUGUCCAGCGGUCGUCGAUUCCGUUUGGUUGCGCUUCAAGAGGCGUCCGACACUUAUGUGGACGUCCCGCCCGAUUUCGAAACCUUCCAGACAUGGAAGCGCAACUUGCCCCAGGACGACGACAUGCAAUUGCUGCAGUCUGAAGUGUUGGUCCAUUACCCUGUGGUGCAGGACAAGCUGGAGGCGUUGGUCCCCGGGACGGUGGACGCCGAUACAUUUUGGAGCCAUUAUCUGUACAAAGCGUCGCUGCUGGCCGCCCAAGAAGAGCGACGCGCGUUGCUGCUUGAAAAAGUGGGCGGCAACGACGACGAAGAGAUUGCGUGGGAUGUGGACUCGCCUACGCACGAAGGAAGCGCCGCCGCCGCUGGGUCGUGUUUUGAGUCAAGCAUGGCGGACGAAGAAGAGAAGGAGGAGACCAAGGCUGCAAUGGAUGAUACACGCGACCGGGACGAGGAGGCCGCGGCGGUUGACGUAGGAACCGCGCAGGACGUACCCCAGGACCUGUCGACCCGUCAUCCAGCACCUCCGUCGCCAGAAGAUGGGUGGGUGGAUGUGCCUGACAAGGACGAGACUGCCGUGGAAGCCCCGUCCGAAGCGGCGGCGGUGGCGGCGGAUGACGACAUGGGCGUGGAUUGGGGCGAUGACGACGAUGAUGAAAGCACGCUGCCACUUACGGCGGCUACUGGGGCCCCAGACGAAUGGGGACAGUGGGAAUAAAGGAUUAAACACGAAGAAUUGCUUAAGUA